GGCUCGGGAGGCGGCUUCGCUCGGAGGCUCUGAGCAUGCUCACGGGAGCCGGGCAUGCUCAGUUAGCACCGAGGCAUGGGCUCUCUCGACCUGCGUGCGUCCGUAGAUGUCGAUAGAUACAAGUAGAUAGGUAGAUGGACACGCGAGGGGGCACCAUGCCUCACAGGACAGAACUCUAUCAGGACAUCCCGCCAACAUGCUGGCCGAUUGUGUAUUCUCCAGAUUACAAUAUUACAUUCAUGGGACUGGAGAAACUACAUCCAUUCGAUGCUGGAAAAUGGGGGAAAGUAAUAAAUUUUUUGAAAGAAGCAAAACUAAUUGCCGAUGAUUUGAUUGUACGAGCUCAAGAAGCAACUGAAGAAGACCUUUUAGUUGGUCACACGAGAAGCUACUUGAAUCGAUUAAAGUGGUCUUUUGUUGUGGCUACAAUUACAGAAAUCCCACCUGUUCUUUUUCUGCCCAAUUUCCUUGUUCAGAGAAAGGUUCUGAGGCCCCUGAGAACUCAGACUGGAGGAACAAUAAUGGCAGGGAAACUGGCCAUUGAGAGAGGAUGGGCAAUUAAUAUUGGUGGUGGCUUUCAUCACUGCUCAAGUGAUAAAGGUGGAGGCUUUUGUGCUUAUGCUGAUAUCUCACUGGCUCUAAAGUUUUUAUUUGAAAGGAUGGAAGGAGUUUCUAAGGCAACUAUCAUAGACCUGGAUGCGCAUCAGGGAAAUGGCCACGAAAGAGACUUUAUGGAUGACCGAAGAGUGUAUAUUAUGGACGUUUACAACAGGUAUAUUUAUCCAGGAGAUGGAUUUGCUAAACGAGCCAUAAGGCGGAAAGUUGAAUUGGACUGGGGCACAGAAGACGCAGAAUAUCUUCAGAAAGUAAAAACGCACGUGGAAGGUGCACUGAACGAAGUAAAAUCGGACAUAAUUGUUUAUAAUGCCGGAACGGACAUCUUGGACGGUGACCCCUUGGGAGGCCUGGCUAUUUCACCUCAGGGGAUUAUCGAUCGUGAUGAAAUUGUGUUCAGAGCUGCUAGGAAACACAGAAUCCCCAUCUUGAUGGUGACAUCUGGAGGCUAUCAAAAGAGGACGGCAAGGAUUAUCGCAGAUUCCCUUCUCAAUUUGCAUAGCCAAGGCCUGAUUGAGAAAGAGCCUGCCUUUGGUGAAGCUGGAAGGGCCAAGGUAGAAUUGAUGCAUGGAAAAUAAAAGGGAGAUCGGCUAACUUGUCACUGCAGAACGAGGACGUUGGGUUUAUUGUAGAAGGCAACUCUUUAAUUGUUUAAUAUUUAAACCAAGAGACAAGAAAUGCUCCAGUUCUCGUAGAAUUAAUAUACAGUGGUACCUCGGG